AUGACCUCCAAACCAACCAUCCUUUUCAUUCACGGCAGCUGGCAUAGUCCCGCUCAUUUUCGCCCCGUUCGGGAUCUUUUCGAAGCCGAGGGAUAUCCGACCGAAUGUCCACGUCUCCCAACAUUCAAUUCCAAGCCGGCACCUCCUGUUGUCUCGUUGAUUGAUGAUGUGCAAGUGGUCCAAAAUCUUCUCAAGAAAUUAGUUGAAGAGCAGGAGAAAGAAGUGCUAGUAGUUGUGCACUCUUACGGCGGUAUUGUAGGCUCUGAAGCCGUCCUUGCAUCUUUUGGGAGAGAAUCGAGAGCGAAAGAGGGGACGGGAAAGAAAGGGGGUGUGUUGCAUUUAUUAUAUAUGUGCGCUUUUGUAGUUCCGGUAGGAGCGAGUCUUUCCAGUGCGCUUGGUGGGGGACUUUCCCCUUUUGUUAAAGUUGAGGAGAAUGGACUCAGCACAAUAAAUUCCCCAGACCAAAUUUGCUACAAUGAUCUCACCCUAGAGCAGCAAAAACAUUGGGUUGAGGAACUAGGUACUGCACCUACGAUAGUGCAUAUGACAUCGGUGACGCAUGCUGCCCACUUGCAUUAUCCGGUUACGUAUUUGUAUUGUGAGGAGGAUCAGGCGAUGCCUCUUGAGAUACAGGAGAGAAUGGUGAAGGAGGUUGGUGUUGAAUUCCAGAUCAAGAGGUGUAGUGCGGGACAUUCUCCGUAUUUAAGUCAACCGGAAACGGUGCUGCGGGUUGUGGAGGAAAUUGUGGAGGUGAUUUAG